AUGGAUCACCUCGACCGAUAUCCUGAGCAGAGAGCCCAGCUGGUAUCUGCUGCGAUAGCAGCAAAACAACAUGCCUACGACGUCCAUUCCCAAUUCCGUGUGGGGGCUUCAGUCCUGUCUACGAGCGGCGAGAUUGUAUCCGGGGCAAGCAUAGAUAAUGCUGCCUAUGGUGCUUCCCUUUGUGCUGAAAGAUCGGCUUUAGCAAAGGCCGUGAGCGACGGCCUCCGAGCCUUUGUUGCGCUGGCCAUCACGAGCGACGUGGAUGCGCCUCUUCCACCGUGUGGCUUAUGUCGACAAGUCAUUCGAGAAUUCUGUUCGCCCGAUGUUCCAAUCCUCCUCGUACCGGCAGGUCAUCGUCCGGGCCCCAGCCGUGACGAUAUCGUCACUAUGAGAGUCAAGGAUCUGUUGCCUAGCGCCCAAGAUUCCGCUCUCAGUGCGGUAGGCCGGGGUACUUUCUAA